UUGUACUAUAUCUAUAUAUUUCACCGCACGCAACUGCUAGUCUUCUCAUCUCCAUAGAUUCUCGAAGAGCAGAUCAAAGUUUUCGAAAUUGGCUUCAAAAAAUAUGGGUUUGAAGGAGGAAUUUGAAGAGCACGCCGCGAAAGCUAAGCUCUUGCCUGAAAGUACUCCCAAUGAAGACCAGCUCAUUCUCUAUGGACUUUACAAACAAGCUACGGUUGGAAAAGUGAACACGGAUCGUCCGGGUAUUUUCAGUAUGAAGGAAAGAGCAAAGUGGGAUGCAUGGAAGGCUGUCGAAGGAAAAACCAAGGAUGAAGCUAUGAAUGACUAUAUCACCAAGGUGAAAGCGCUGCAUGAAACUGCAACAUCAUCUUGAUGCCCAAAUGAGUUUGCCUGCUCAAUAAGUAAAAGCGAUGUUUUCAAUUCAAGUGUUGUUUGAUAAUAAUAAUAAUAAUAAUAAUAAUAAUAAUAAUAAUAAUAAUAAUAAUAAUAAUAAUAAUAAUAAUAAUAAUAGUAGUAAUAACAACAAUGUGAUCCUUGAGCAUAAUCCACUUUCCAUUCUCAUUUCUUUUUGUUUAAAGUCUCCUUAUAUAAUAUGGACAUAAUAUGGUGUGAUAUUGCUAUGGGAACAACGGUUUCUAUCUGCAUGAUUUCUCAUCAAUGUUUGAAAUCCUGAACCGGACAUCAAUGAACGGGUGGAGUUACAGGUUGAUGGAUUCACGAGUUUUUGGGUUCGAGUUACUUUAAUCUGUAAGCAAUCCCGUGGCCCUUGGGCGGUUUAAUCCCGUAAGCGUCGAUUUGUGAAGGGUAGGGUUUAGACCUAGAUGGAUUGUGGCAACCGUGGACUGUCUUCCAACAGAACAAGUUCUGCCAUUAAUUAUGUCGCUCGCUGCAAGAUUCCCGCUAAAAUCAAAUACCAGUGCACAA